AUGAACGGAACAAAGUACAGAGAGAUCCUUGAUGAAAAGCUGCUCCACAGCGCUCUGGACCUCAGACUGGUGCGAAGGUUCACCUUCCAACAGGUCAAUGACCCUAAGAACACAGCCAAGACAACACAGGAGUGGCUUCAGGACAGGUCUCUGAAUUUCCCAGACUUUAACCCCAUCUAUAAUAAAGUCUAUGCUCUGGAGGAGUACCACCAUCGCCUGGACAUCUUCACUGGGCAUAAGAGGAGAAUCCACUAUCAUAAUGCAGGGAAGCACACGUUCUCAAGGAGUCACAUCAGCAGCCCUGGGCCAUAUCCUGGUUCUGUGGACUGGAGAGAGAAGGGAAACUAUGUGUCACCUGUCAAAUAUCAGGGUCAUUGUGGAAGAUGCUGGACCUUCUCUACUACCGGCUGUCUUGAGUCUGUUACCGCUAUAGCUACUGGAAAACUCCCACUUCUGUCUGAGCAGCAACUGGUGGACUGUGCUCAAGACUUCAACAAUCACAGAUGUAUGGGGGGACUCCCAAGCCAGGCGUUUGAGUAUGUUAAAUACAACAACGGACUCAUGACCGAAGAUGACUAUCCUUGCACGGGACAUGAUGGCUCUUGCAAUUUCAAGCCCGAGUUGGCAGCUGCCUUCGAGAAAGAUGUUGUCAACAUAACAAGUUAUGACGAAAAGGGCAUGGUUGAUGCUGUGGCCAGACUGAACCCAGUCAGCUUUGGAUAUGAAGUGACUGAUGAUUUCCUCCACUACAAAGAUGGUGUGUACAGCAGUUACAGUCUUGUCUCAUCGCUGCAACUCCUGUACGGACUCGGGAGAGGCGAAGGUUGAGAACCGUGAGAACCCAACCAAGCCGCACUGCUUCUUGACACAAUGCCCACUUAACCCGGAAGCCAGCUGCACAAAUGUGUCGGAGGAAACACCAUACACCUGGCGACCAUGUCAGCGUGCACUGCUCCAAGGCCCGCCACAGGGGUGUGCAUUGAAUUCAAAAUAGUCACAGACACAGACAGUGUCACUAGCAAAACACCCCUACACCAUCAUACCUCAUCCUCCAUGUUUCACAGUGGGAACCACACAUGGGGAGAUCAUCCAUUCACCUACUCUGCGUCUCACAAAGACACUGCGGUUGGAUCCAAAAAUCUUCAAUUUGGACUUGUCAGACCAAAGGACAGAUUUCCACCAGUCUAAUGUCCAUUGCUCGUGUUUCUUGGCCCGAGCAAGUCUCUUCUUAUUGAUGUACUUUAGUAGUGGUUUCUUUGUAGCAAUUUGACCACGAAGGCAUGAUUCACGCAGUCUCAUCUGAACAGUUGAUGUUUACUUGAACUCUGUGAAGCAUUUAUUUAUUUGGGCUGCAAUCUGAGGUGCAGUUAAUUGCCGAUUUCUGAGGCUGGUAACUAAUGAACUUAUCUUCUGCAGCAGAAGUAACUCUGGGUCUUCAUUUCCUGUGUCAGUCCUCAUGAGAGCCAGUUUCAUCAUAGUGCUUGAUGGUUUUUGAGACUGCACUUUCAGGCUUGACUGACCUUCAUGUUUUAAAGUAAUGAUGGACUGUUGUUUCUCUUAGCUUAUUUGAGCUGUUCUUGCCAUAAUAUGGACUUGGUCUUUUACCAAAUAGGGCUAUCUUCUGUAUAACACCCAUACCUUGUCACAACACAACUGAUUGGCUCAAAUGCAUUAAGAAGGAAAGAAAUUCCACAAAUUAACUUUUAAGAAGGCAUAACUGUUAAUUGAAAUGCAUUGCAGGUACCUCAUGAAGCUGGUUGAGAGAAUGCCAAGAGUGUGCAAAGGGUGGCUACUUUGAAGAAUCUCAAAUAUAUUUAGAUUUGUUUAACACUAUUUUGGUUACUACAUGAUUCCAUGUGUUUAUAUAUAUAUAUAUAUAU